AAGAAGAACUUCCCCAUGAGCCUGAUGCUCAUGCUGCUGGGCCUUGCUGCCCUCCUGGGUGCCUGCCAGGGCCGCACGGAUUGCUACGGCAAUGUAAACAGAAUUGACACCACCGGGGCUUCAUGCAAAACUGCAAAACCAGAGGGCUUAAGCUACUGCGGAGUUCCAGCUUCAAAAACGAUUGCUGAACGAGACCUAAAAGCUAUGGAUAGAUACAAAACAAUCAUUAAGAAAGUUGGCGAAAAGCUGUGUGUUGAGCCCGCUGUGAUUGCUGGCAUCAUCUCUCGUGAAUCUCACGCUGGUAAAGUACUGAAGAACGGCUGGGGUGACCGUGGAAAUGGAUUUGGUUUAAUGCAGGUUGACAAAAGAAGCCAUAAACCCCAGGGAACGUGGAAUGGAGAAGUCCAUAUCACUCAGGGCACAACAAUACUUACCGAUUUUAUAAAGAGAAUACAGAAGAAGUUCCCAAGCUGGACAAAGGAUCAGCAGCUGAAAGGUGGGAUUUCUGCCUACAAUGCUGGAGCUGGGAAUGUCCGAAGCUAUGCAAGGAUGGACAUUGGCACUACCCAUGAUGACUACGCCAACGAUGUGGUCGCUCGAGCCCAGUAUUACAAGCAGCAUGGAUACUAG